CUGGCCAAGAUCAUGACAUCUUCGCAAUGCAUCCAUGAUGGGUGUUGUUGAUAUCAGGUCAGAUUCUCUAAACUGAGACUCCAACGCACAAGACAUUGACAUCUGCAUGGUUUGGUAUUGGUUCAGACCAAAGACUCGGUCUGCGGCUUACAAUUUACAUUUUUAUUAUCCAUUACACAACAUGAUGGCUUUGGCCAGUAGAUGAAGAGUCUGGUGUCGUCUUGCCACGUCCGGUCUUUUCAGUCGCUGGCCCCCAGAGCACAGAGCUUCCUCAUUCCAUCAUUCAUCAUCAUCAUCAUAGCCAGCUCAUCAAUCUCCGAUGACACAAUGAAAAUCCCCGAGACACGUUUUCUCAGUAACUCUGUUAAAUGGCUCCAGCCCUGCCGCCCAUACCCCCUUUGGCGUAUUAUGGUUUUCUUUUUUUGUUUGAGCUUGAUCAUAUUCCCCUGAGAUGACAUCCAGGAAACGUGAAUAACCUACCUUGGAACGCUUCAUUUUCGAGUCCUUACCGAAUGCUCAUUGCAGAGUAGGGUGUAUUGCACGAGACGCUAUUUCUUUCUUCUAUUGUUGCAAUUGUGCGCUUAGCUUAUGUCCUUGGGGCGUGUUGUUAGACGUUGGAUUGUUGUCGAGAUAUCCCCGCUAAUACCAUGCAUCAGCCGCAAGAAAGAAGACAAAAGAGCCGAGUUCACAUAUGACUGCGGCCGCCGACGGUGCAACUACUUGCAUGAAGCCAUGGAUGUUUGUUCUGCAACAUUUAAUCGGUGGAAUUUGUUUCGAGCCCUUGAUCCGAAAGAGGCGUGCACUGAAACAUCAAUGGUUAGACCUUACCCUAUAUCGCUCCGGGUAAAUGAGACUUUUGCUAUCAGACCUCCCCGGUGCCCCGGACAAAUUUACAGUUUCCCGAAACGCAUGAAUGAUGAAGGGUUUUUCUCAUAUCAUGGAGGGGACGCUGUUCCUGGUCGUAUCAUCUCGUUGAGCUACUGUAGCUUACACGAUGGCGGCACGUCCCAUCCCGCCAAAGUGGCUCUUGGGUCUCUUACACCAACACCAACAACAACUAUCAAGACACAUGAAAUCCAUCCAUGAAAUAUGCCCUGCCCCGACCAUCCCUACCUCGAUUGUCCAAUCAUCAAAGUCGCUGGUAUACCCCAUCUUUUAGCCAGACUCUUUUUUAUCUCGCCAAAGUCAAUGCCACAGAGAUGUGCAUGUCACUCGCCGGCCAAUAGUUGCCCGUCUCUCAACAACGUGCCUCGACUUCACGUUCCAUGACGUUCGAAAUCCUCAACCUUCAACAUAACCCGGCCUCAUUGUCACCCCCGGCUUCAAAUCUUGAGUGACAUGGACUAUCUCGAGUGAGACAUGUCCUACGGCGUUGGCUCAGCGCCAAUUCAGGGGGAAGGAGAAGCGAGAAGCACUGUGGAGGGAGAACCGGCCGAUCCUUUGGAUAUGUCGUGUGCUUCCACUGUCACUCUCGCCAAAGACAUUGUCUGAAGCAUGAUUAUCAACGCAGGCCCUUCUUUAGCCGCCUCAACCGGGUUAAAGACCCGGUCGAGUGUUAUCUGCUUCACAGUAGGGCUUAACUCAGUCUUGCUCUGCAUCAAGAUCCCCCGCCUCUUGGGAGAAUACCAAGACAAACCUUGGAUUCGCGAUUCAGGAGAUCCGCCAGUAUAUGGAUACAAAUCCACAAACCCACAGACUUCGUGGUCAUCUGACUCUUGCAAAUGGACCUUUCUACCAAGCGCAACGUGCAGCUAGAGACAAGAGACGACAGCCCUAGCAAGGCAAGACCGGAAUUACAUCAAGAUACUGCGUGGAUCUAUCACCCAGAUCCGACUAAUAAGCUUCCUCUUCCAGAGCAUGCAUACUACCGUUCCCGGGACCGGACUGAGCGGAAAAUAGCUCCACCCCCGAUCCCGCUGUGUCACUGAGAUAUCCAAACAGCCCUGUCAUCGAAUCCUCAAUUUCUCAACACGGACGACAAAGUAUUCCUCUCCCCGAAAGAUCAUCUCCAGAAUACGAUUCCGGCAUCUUGACACACGUUCCGUCGCUGCUUCUAGUCUACACCGAAACUUCCACUGGCCAAAGCUUUCUUUCACCACACUGAAUCGUCGAUCUAGCUCAACCCAUCCACAAACAGCUCCCCUCGCAACCAUGUGCCGCCCAGGGGGCGUGUAAUCAGGGCGAGGAAGUACUUCGUUGUACCACCUGGCAUAAUCGCUACAUGCUAAUAUUAAAAACACCAAAACUUAAGUUAAGUUAAGUUCAAUUAGAGAUGUGUGAGGCGCAUCUGGUUCCUGGCGAAUCAGCUCCGUAACCGCGGGCUCAUGGGCGAUGAAAGGGAGACAGCAUUACAUACCUUGCAUCAUGCACGUUUCUUUUUGAAUAGGCGAAGGAAGAGAGUUUUUAUUCGUCUCCGUCAUGAUUUGCAUUUGUAAGAAGCGGUGUCAGAAUCGAAUGCUACGAGGUACAGUUUGAGAAGGCUUGUCGCCUCGUUUCCAGGGCCCCGGAAUGUUGGGCUUGCACGUGGUUAGAACAAUAGGGACUGACUUGACUGAGUGUACAAUACGUAGUCAAUGCUCUGCAGCUCUGGGCUGGUCCUAAUCCAUAUCGACGCGUGUCGUAAAUCCUAUUUCGAGUCUGAUAGUGUUGCCUCUGUAACAGAGCUUGCGUGUCUCGUCUUUACUACUCCCCUUCAAGGACCAAGGAAACAUCAGACCUCAAUGUAGGGUAUUAAGAUAAACUCAGCAAAAUGUAUUCUAAGUCUACU